AUGGGGAAGAUGACAGUUCAAGAUGCGUUUGCCAUCCAGAAGACAAUAAUGCAGAUGGAAUAUCCCUUCAUCGUCCUUAAAUCACUCCAGUUUGCUCUGUUUCGAACAUAUGGAAUUCCGACAAUUUCCACCCUCCUUCUGAAAACCUCUCAGUUCUCAGACUCGGCGACUUCAUUCAAGCGAUAUGCGGAUACAGGUAUACUGAUUGGCGAGUUCAUGGCCUUCGAUCCCGGUUCAGAGCGAGCACAAACCGCUAUUGCACGAACCAAGUUUCUCCACAAGGGCUAUCGAGCCAGUGGGAAGAUCCUGGGAGAUGACAUGCUAUACACGCUUAGUCUGUUCGCAACUGAGCCUAUCCGGUUCGUCAAGCUAUAUGAAUGGCGGGAGAUGACAGAAAUGGAGCGCUGUGCUGUUGACGGGAUUCACUGGUUGGAAGAGGUCAGUGUGUGGAGCCAGCACUACGAAAUGCAGCACAUGAAGCCGCAUUCUCGCAACAGGGAAAUUGCGGAGAAGACGAUCGAUGUGCUGGUGUACAAUCUACCGGGCUUCAUGAAGCCACUGGGUGUAUACUUUGUCUCUUUCCUAAUGGACGAGCGUCUUCGAAACGCGAUGAUGAUGGAGCCUCCUCCCCCUUUACUCAGCGCGAUAUUUGGCUCUACCUUUCAACUUCGCAGAUUAUUUCUGCGAUAUCUGGCCCUACCACGUCCAAGUUUUAUGCGUCUGAAUGUCUUCACGGACAAGCCCAACGAGCAUGGCAGAAACUAUCUCACGUUUUAUGAAGGUGCGCCGUUCUAUGUCCAGCCCACAGUCUGGAAUCGCUGGGGCCCCGUGGCGUGGGUCAAGUGGGUAUUGGGACAGCCCUUACCGGGUGACGAUGGUGACAAGUAUUAUCCUCGGGGCUACUUCACACCGGAUCUGGGUCCUAAGUAUUUUGAAGGCAAGGGGAGGAAGGAGUUGGAAAUUAUCAAGGACAGUCUUCGAACGCAGCGAAUGGGACAAUGCCCAUUUCCGUAA